UGGGCCCGGCCGGUCGGUCGACAACGCAGAGGCUGGGGCACGCAGAUCAGAGGGAGCUGAGGGAGGCCUGACCUGAGGCCGGCAUCGGGAGCUGGUGGGAGCCAGACCCAGAGGUAAAAAGGCAUGGGAUCCCUGGUUCCCCAGUCCCUGGGGUGGGGAUGUUGCGGGAGGCAGGCUGGGUUUCUAACUCCAGGGAGCUAGGAAUCGUGCUCCUGAUUUCCUGGUGAGGGCGAUAAAUGGAGGGAGAGGGAGGAGAUAGACGGCAAGGUCCCUUGUCCUAGAUGGAGACAGGGAAGAGGUAGACCCUUGGGUUCUUAGGAAGGUGGAAGCAUUUGGAUGGAGUGGGAAGAACAGGGUGCUGGUAUGGGAUUGGAAUGGGGGAUUCCUAGGUCUAGGAAUAAGGACCAAUGGGGUCCCUGGGUCAGGGGAGCUGUUUAGGAUCUGGGACUGAGAGAAGCUGUUAUGGGGAUUGGCGGGGACUAUGGGAGAUUGUGAAGUUUACUGCCUCGGGCCUGGCUGGGCCCUCUCUGGAGGCCCAUCCCCACACCCCAAUGGCCUCCGUGGCUCCCCUGUGGCUCCCUUGUAGCUCCCGCGGCCGCCCCUUCCCUGGGCCAGGUCAUGCGCUGCCCCAAGUGCCUUCUCUGCCUGUCAGCACUGCUCACACUCCUGGGCCUCAAAGUGUACAUCGAGUGGACAUCUGAGUCCCGGCUCAGCAAGGCCUACCCCAGCCCCCGGGGCACCCCGCCAGGCCCCACGCCAGCCAACCCUGAGCCCACCCUACCUGCCAACCUCUCCACCCGCCUGGGCCAGACUGUCCCGCUGCCCUUCGCUUACUGGAACCAGCAGCAGUGGCGGCUGGGGUCCCUGCCCAGUGGGGACGGCACUGAAACGGGGGGCUGCCAGGCUUGGGGGGCCGCCGCCGCUGCUGAGAUCCCUGACUUCGCCUCCUACCCUAAGGACCUCCGCCGCUUCCUGCUGUCAGCAGCCUGCCGGAGCUUCCCACAGUGGCUGCCUGGAGGUGGUGGCGGCCAAGUCUCCAGCUGCUCAGAUACUGAUGUCCCCUACCUGCUAUUGGCCGUCAAGUCAGAACCAGGGCGCUUUGCAGAACGACAGGCCGUGAGGGAGACGUGGGGCAGUCCAGCUCCAGGAAUCCGGCUGCUCUUCCUGCUAGGGUCUCCUGUGGGUGAGGCGGGGCCUGACCUAGACUCACUAGUGGCCUGGGAGAGCCGUCGCUACAGUGACCUGCUGCUCUGGGACUUCCUCGACGUCCCAUUCAACCAGACGCUCAAAGACCUGCUGCUGCUGGCCUGGCUGGGCCGCCACUGCCCGACCGUGAGUUUCGUCUUGCGAGCUCAGGACGAUGCCUUUGUGCACACCCCUGCCCUGCUGGCUCACCUGCAGGCCCUGCCACCUGCCUCAGCCCGAAGUCUCUACCUGGGUGAGGUCUUUACCCAGGCCAUGCCUCUCCGGAAGCCAGGAGGACCCUUCUAUGUGCCCGAGUCCUUCUUUGAAGGUGGCUACCCAGCCUAUGCAAGCGGGGGUGGCUACGUCAUUGCCGGGCGCCUGGCACCCUGGCUGCUGCGGGCAGCAGCCCGUGUGGCACCCUUCCCCUUUGAGGACGUCUACUCUGGCCUCUGCAUCCGAGCCCUGGGCCUGGUGCCCCAGGCCCACCCAGGCUUCCUCACAGCCUGGCCAACAGACCGCACUGCGGACCACUGCGCUUUCCGCAACCUGCUGCUGGUACGGCCCCUGGGCCCCCAGGCCAGCAUUCGGCUCUGGAAACAACUGCAAGACCCAACGCUCCAGUGCUGACUCUUGGUGGGGAGGGCGGAGGUGCUGACCUGGCCUGGGCCCUGGCCUGGGCCUCUGGGGCCUGCCCCUGGCUCAGCCCCUCCUUCCAGGUCUUGAUGGGAGGGAGGAGGGCCCAGAAGCUAGACAACUUAAGCCACUCCUUGGCCUCCCCAGCCAGGGGCCUGGGCAGGAAAGAUGGGGUGGUGGACUGUUUUUGCCUACUUUUUGUUUUUGAAAAACAUGCACUCCCCACUCUGA